AUGUCAGCAGGACUACAAAAAUGGGCCUGUGAUCUCACACUGGAUCCAAACACAGCACACACUCGUCUCUUCCUGUCUGAUGAGAAGAGGAAGAUAAUGCUUGUGUAUGAGCAUCAGCCGUAUCCUGAUCAUCCAGAGAGAUUUGAGUUCUGUGAUCAGGUUCUGUGUGUUGAGAGUCUGACUGGACGCCAUUACUGGGAGGCUGAAUGGAGUGGGAGGUUUGCUAUUAUAGCAGUGUCAUAUAAAGGAAUCAGCAGGAAAGAACGUAAAGCUUGUUGGUUUGGAUACAAUGAUAAAUCCUGGAGUCUGUGGUACUUUGAUGACAGAUUCACUAUCCGUCACAAUAAUAAGAAAACUUACAUACCUGCCCCUUCAUCCUCUACUAGAGCCGGAGUGUAUGUGGACUGGUCUGCUGGCACUCUGUCCUUCUACAGCAUCUCUGACACACACACACUCACACACUUACACACAUUCAACACCACAUUCACCGAACCCCUUUAUGCUGGAUUUGGGGUUCAUUAUGAUUCUUCACUGUCUCUGUGUCAGAUUUGAGUACACACAUUGUUGGGACUGAUGUGGUUUACUUGUGGGUGUGACACUAAGCCAACAGUUGGCUGUCUGGCAACAAAAGGCCAUC